AUGCUUCAUCGAAGAAUUUUCAAAGACGGAAGCAAGGCGAUGCGGUUCCUGGGUAUCCGGAUGUGCGUUCUACUGAUGCUCUUGGUCGUAUGUAUACAGUUCAUCCAAAGAAUGAUGAAUGUUUCUAUUUGCGGUUGGCCAACGUCAUUUGAGACACCACGGACUGUUAAUGGUGUAAUAUUCCCAACAUAUCGUGCUGCAUGUGAACAACUGAACUUAUUAGAAAACGAUACCCAUUGGGAUACGACAAUCGCUGAAGCUAUUAUCUCUUCAUCUCCAAGUCAGAUACGCACAUUAUUCGCUAUCAUAAUUUCGACAUGCUUUCCAUCAAACCCAUGUAACCUGUGGCACAAAUAUAAGGAUAAUAUGUCAGAAGAUAUUUUACAUCAAAUUCGUAUCACUUCCAGAAAUCACGAUGUUGAGAUGAAUGAGGAGAUACAUAAUCGUGCUUUACUCUUGAUCGAAGAUAUGUGUUUCCUCAGGUGCUGUAGUUUAUUAAUCAGGUUAGGAAUGCCAGCGCCCAAUCGUGAAAUGAAUGACGCAUUUAAUCGAGAAUUGGAACGGGAACGUGAAUAUGAUCACCAGGAAUUAGAUUUAGUAGUUCAAAAGAAUGUACCCCUGUUGAAUUCCCAACAAAAGGAAGUUUAUGAUACUUUAAUGAGGGCAAUCGAUGGUGGAAAUUGUGGUUUAUAUUUCCUAGAUGCCCCUGGUGGAACAGGUAAGACAUUCCUCACGUCAGUAAUUUUAGCCACUGUUCGCGCGAGAUCCAACAUAGCGGUUGCAUUUGCUUCUUCUGGAAUAGCAGCCACAUUGUUAGAAGGAUGCUGUACGGCUCAUUCAGCAUUAAAAUUACCGUUAAAUCUUCAAACUAUUGAAGAACCAACGUGUAAUAUUACGAAAAAUUCAGCAAUGGCCAAAGUAUUAUCGGCAUCGAAAAUCAUCAUCUGGGACGAAUGCACAAUGGCGCAUAAACGUGCAUUAGAAGCACUUAACCGAACAUUGUAA